GGACACAAGCACAAGAUCACAGCCGCACCUGUUGUAGGCGCUGCUUUGCGUCCGCGUGGGGGACAGCUGCUCUGGAACCAUCAGAUGGGACUCAAUUGGUGGCGGUAUCGACACGAAGGCAUUGCCCAGUGGGAUUUCGGAGAGCGAUUCGCAAGCCUGACAAAAAAUAUCACCUGGGUUUCGUUUGACGGGUUUCGAGAUUUCGCUUUUCUGACGCGAAUGAUGACACGGAAGCCGCUACCAACGUCCGCAAGUGAAUACCUUCGAACGCUCAACCAAGUUCUGCCACAUCGAGUCGACAUCAAGCAAAGCUUACUCGACACAAGCAUGCGGCGCUGCGGAAUAUUAGACAGG